AUGUCUAGGAAGCAAAACACAAGAGAUCCAUCUGGCUUUGUUUUUGACGUGCAGUCCAACACUGUGCUGGCCCAGGGAGGCACCUUUGAAAACAUGAAGGAGAAGAUCAGCGCGGUGAGAGCCAUCGUCCCCAACAGGAGCAACAACGAGAUCGUGCUCGUGCUGCAGCACUUUGACAACUGCGUGGACAGGACGGUGCAAGCCUUCAUGGAAGGCAACGCCAGCGAAGUACUGAAGGAAUGGACUGUAACAGGCAAGAAAAAGAACAAGAAGAAGAAACCCAAACCCAAGCCACAGGCAGAGCCCAGCAGCAGCCUUCCGGAGCCCGGGAAACCAUCGUCCAGCGGGGAGGAGGUGCCGGGAAGCGCCGGGAAGGGCGGGAUGAACGGAUUCCAUGUUAACGGCUGCACCCACGACACUGAAUCCGUGGAUUCGCUCAGUGAAGGGCUGGAUGCGCUCUCCAUCGACGCCAGGGAGCUGGAGGAGUGUGAGUGCGCAGCGGGGCCCCAGCGAGCAGCAGUGCCUGAACUAGAGAAUGGGAUAGCAGACUUUGACACACAAUCGCUCACCCUGCAUCCUUCCCAGAGCCCUUCGUCCCUCAGACAGCGGCCCGAGCACAGGAGCACGGGCAGGUCUCUGUCCAGGUCAGCACUGAGCCACUCCACUCCUGCCUCCCUGUCUGCAACGCGCCUCGAGGACGUGCCUGUGUCUCCUGCCAACAGGAAGCUGGGUUCUAACAUUGAGAAGUCAGUGAAGGAUCUCCAGCGCUGCACCGUGUCGCUGGCGCGGUACCGGGUGGUAGUCAAGGAGGAGAUGGAUGCUUCCAUCAAGAAGAUGAAGCAGGUCUUUGCUGAGCUGCAGAGCAGCCUCAUGGAUCGGGAGGUGGCGUUGCUGGCCGAGAUGGACAAAGUGAAAGCAGAAGCAAUGGAGAUCCUGGGCAGCAGGCAGAGGAGGGGAGAGGCACUGAAGAGGAUGACGGACGUGGCCGUGCGGAUGUCUGAGGAGCAGCUGGUGGAGCUCCGAGCUGACAUCAAACACUUUGUGAGCGAGCGCAAGUAUGACGAGGACCUGGGCCGGGUGGCGCGGUUCUCCUGCGACCUUGACACGCUCAAGAGGAGCAUCGCUGCCUUCGGCCAGG